AAAAUCGAAUGCCUGCAUGGGCACCACGAUUCGUACAAAUUGAGGGGUCCAUAACAGAUAUCUAUCAUCGGUUGAAAUUGAACAUUUUAAAAUUCAGAGUUGUCGUUUUGAAGGUGUAAUGUGUUGCAUCAGGUGCAUUACCGUAAAGUGAAUCCUUUCUCUAUGCACUCUUACCUUUUCAGUCUCAUUCACAUUAGAUCGUCUCAUCUCAAGUAUUUUUAUUGAAGAUGAUCUCGUUUUACUGUCAUACAGAUCGAUUUUCUGUAGUGGGAUAUUGUCAUUGAUUCAUAUAAAAGGUACACAGCUCUUGUCUGAUAUCAGUACAGUUCACCACUUUCCAACGAACCAACACAAAAACAAAGGGAUGAUGAGGCUGUUCAUCGCAGUAGCUUUCGUAGCUGUAUGUUCUGCAGCUAGGUUAGAAAACACUUACCUACCUCCCAAUGGUGCAGCAGGAGCUGGUGGUGGUAAUGGAUUACCACCACCAUACAGACCUGGUGCUGGUGGUGGCGCAGGAAACGGAAACGGUGGAAGACCCGGACCAUCCUACGGUCCUCCUGGAGGUGGAGCUGGAGGAUCUGACGAUGCUUCAGCAACCAUAAUCUCCCAAGAAUACGAGAACAACGGAGACGGAAGUUACAAAUACAGUUACGAGACCAGCAACGGCAUCAAAGCCCAAGAAGACGGUGAAUUGAAACCAGGCGGCGAAGAAGGCAUACAAUCGGCUGUUGGUUCAUUCUCUUACACAGCUCCCGACGGCACCGAGAUCAAGUUGGAAUACACCGCCGACGAAAACGGUUUUGUCCCCAAGGGAGACCAUCUCCCAACUCCACCUCCAAUCCCACCAGAGAUCCUUAAAUCUUUGGAAGAGAACGCAGCUGCUGCAGCAGCCGGUGGACAAAACGGUAAUGGAUACGGUGGAAACGGAGGAAAUGGAGCAAGACCUGGAGGAAACGGUGGAAGACCCAAUGGAAAUGGAAAUGGAAAUGGCGGUUACCAAUACUAGAUAUUUCCAAUGAUCAACCUGAAUAGGAUGUUUCCGGGAUAGACACUUUGUGUUAUGGAUGUGAUCUUGAUAUAUUUGCUUGGUACUCAGUAAAGGUUUCUGCCAUUUCUCCACUUUUGAUGAAUCGACUGCAUUUUUAAUGGGAUCAAACCAAAUAUUUAUAUACCUACAUAACUAUAAAAGUGUCAUAAUGCACAUUCUCAUAUAGUCUGUGAAUUUGGGUUUGCAAUUUCUGACAGAAUAUCGCAAAUUGCACUCUCCAUAUUGAUAACAAUUUGUGAAUGCGUGAUUUAUAACUUGUAUAAAUGUUAUUACAUAUGUAUUAUAUUUAUUUCUUUAAUAAACGAUCAUAUUGAA